GAUACUACAGUGCAGCGCCUGGCUGGGUUUCCAGGUGCCAUUAGUCCUGCUCUCAGAACGAGGCUUCCAAUACUGUACUAUACAAAGUAAUUUAUAUAAAUUACAGGGAAGGAGCGCUGCGGUAAAUCUUCAGCUUGAUUCUCCCAUUACUGAGCCAGAGCAUAUUACUGCAAGGUCACAUUUACUUGUUAAAAGUGAAAAAAAUAUUGUGUUUAGCCCAACCAUUUAAAUUUAUGUUUGCAAUUCUGCAGGCAGCGGCUCGACUGAAGAGUUCUUUCGUCUCAUGCAUCGUCAGUUCACCGAGAGAGAAUGGCACUCCAUCAAGAGCAUGGCUGGCGACUGGGCUCAGCUAGACAUGUUCUACAGGCAUUGGGCUCUAAAGGAAAGCUUUAUAAAAGCCAUAGGGGUCGGACUAGGCUUUAGUUUGCAGCGUGUUGAGUUUGAAGUGUCGCCCAUAACUAUGGAGGUCGGUAAGGUUUACACAGAGACCAGAAUGUGGCUAGAUGAGGAGCCUGAGAACUGGGUUUUUGAGGAAAUGCUCCUGGAUGACAAGCAUCAUGUUGCUGUUGCCUUGGGGGACACAAAUACAAACAGAGAACAGACUUCAAAGAAUGUAAUGAGAUCAGUUACACCGUUUACAAUCAUUACCUACAAAGACCUGAUGGCCUCAGCUGUUCCACUGACAGAAGAAGACUCCAGCUAUUGGGAUAGCUUUUCUUCCAAACAGGAGCUUCCUCAACGCCAAAGCGCCAAACCAUCAUCAAAGUCAUGA